AUGCUGUCGACGUCGCCCAAAAAGAGUGCAGAGCACAAGAAGAAAAGAGAUAGGGACAAUGCUACCACAAAUGGGGUAACCGAAGAAACAACUGUAACGGUGACGGCAACGACGGUGGCGGAAGGUGCACCCAGGAAGAAGCGGCGCAAAGAGGCAGUGGCCAAGAGACAAGAUGCAAAAGACAAGGUAUGGAAGUGGGCAAACCUAGCGGAGAGCUCCAUAUCCGCCCUCCCUCCGCUCUUUACUCCCGAUUCCAGGCAAGCAUACCAUUCUUCAUCUUCGCUCCAAAUUUUCUCCACCGCUACUGGACGACUUGUUUCGACUAUUCCGGCCCACUCUGACACAAUCACAGCCCUCCUACUUAACCCACACGAUUCGACACAACUCUUCUCCGCGUCCCUAGACGGAACGCUCAAGCGCUGGGAUACCCACCAUGGCGCUUUGCUCGAAACACUCCGGAUCGAUCAGCCUGUUACGCAUAUAGCGACUCACUCUUCCCUCGAUGAUGACCUAUUUGUUGUCACUACUGCGAACCUGGGCAAAGAGUCUGACUCAAGCCAUGUAUUCCGCGUUACGACUAAACCAAAACACCAGCUUCAACCUCCAAAAUCUUGUCUAUCGGAUCCCCCAAAGGCGUAUAAAUCGAGUCGUACGACCUAUGUUGGAAAGACCCGCCGUGCAACUGGAGCAGCCAUCUCGGCCUGCGGUGAAUAUCUCAUCGUUAUUGGCGGCAACAAAGCCUACGUCUCUCGCACUCGCGGAAACGAACCUCGCGGAUUCACAACAUUCAUGUCACCGGAUGCAUUAACUUGUCUCGCUGUGCACCCCACCGAGUCCUACUUUGCAACUGGCGACGACCGAGGUGUUGUUAGGCUUUGGUACUGCUUGAACGACACCGCCGUACCUCUCACAUCCGACCCUUCGCCUUCGAAAUCUACCGCAGCGACAACCACACUUCACUGGCAUGCUCAUGCCGUUUCGGCGCUUUCGUUUACCCCGAGCGGAGCUCAACUCGUCAGUGGUGGUGAAGAAGCGGUAUUGGUCGUCUGGCAGUUACACUCUGGUCAAGAGAGUACAUUCCUCGUGUGGGUGCUCCCAUCGGGGCCGUAUCGGUAUGUUUUGGCCCCAACGGGGGCCUUGAUCUUUGUGGGUAGCGAUACUCUGAGGAUCAUCAGAGCAGUGAGAAGAGUGCGAUUAGACCCUAAUCCGACACUCCCCCUUCCUCUCGUAUCCAAUUCACAAUCCAACCGUAUACUUGUCCCGGCCACGCACCCUGCAUCCCUACAAAUCCUUUCCCGUACAGGCGCCGGGCUAAGCCUCGUUGGCGAGCUCGAGGUCGCACCUGCCAGCCGAGUCUCAAGAAGGGACGAAACACCAAUCGAGCCUAUCCGUGUUGGAUUGGUUGCACUUUCUACCAAGGGGAAAGAGACCGAUGUACAGUGGUUGGCUACAGUCGACUCUCGAGCAGACGCGGAAAUCUACCUCAAGUUUUGGAAAUGGAACAAUGCUGAUUCUACCACGACCCCCUCGCUCAACACCCGUAUCGACAGACCGCAUGGAGAACACCGCGUUACCAGCCUCGCGUUUCACCCGAGAGGUGAUAUGCUUGCCACUACAGGGGAGGACGGGCAGGUCAAGUUGUGGGGCAUUAGGAAGUCCUCUGAUGAAGAGUUUUGGAUGUGCGCUUCUUCGUUCAGUUAUCGAAACCACACCCCCUCCAAAGCAUUAUUCUCUCCAGACGGAUCCCUCCUGGCUGUCAUACACGGCCAGUGCAUUACGCUAUGGGAUAGCGAAAACACUACCAUUCCUCGUGGAGCCUUAUCGUGUGUCGAGACCAAAGGCCCGAGAGAGCUUGUGUUCGUGGGGUCAAGUGGGAGGUACAUUGCCGUGCUUGGAGCUCAGACUGUAGUGUUGUGGGAUUUGGUUCGGCUAUGUGUCCUUUGGCAUGCACCCUUGACGAUGUACCCGUGCUCGUCCCAACAUCCUCCGCAUAUUGCAGCACAUCCCACUCAGCCUACAUUCGCACUCUUCCAAUACCCAGAUGCCAAAUCGACCCGCAUAAGCAUAUUUGGGGCCUCGGGCCCCACAGAAGCACGUACCCGUACUGUGCCGUUCAAGCUUGACCAACCGUCGUGGGAUGAGUCUGGAGUGCUUGGAGUCGGGAUGAGCGAUUCGGACCGAUGGUCGCUCGUUCUUGCCGGAGAUGAAGUCCAGGAGCUCUCCGAAGGGACGUUGUUUGAGGACAUAUUCGGACGUGGAGCCAUGGGAUCAGUGACAACAUCUGCGACCAAGGCGCCCCCGGGAAAAGGCGCAGAAGCUGCUGGCAAUAACAAUCCGGAGGCACAAGAGAAGGAGAACGAGAAAGCAAAAAAGGCCGAGGAGUUCAAAGCUGCGAAACGUGCCCGAAGAAAACACCGAAAAGCGACGAAGGCGGAGGCCAAACUUCUUGCCGAAGUUGGAGUAGAUAAAAACAACGAAGACGAUGAGCAGGAAGGACAAGAAUCGGACCCGGAGACGCCUGAAAGCUCGGAGCCUGCGACCGAGGCCGAUGCGGUCGAGACUAUCGUAUACCUCGGAAUGAAGCGUAAACCGUCAUUUGGGGAUGGAUCGAUCAAGUUGGUCAAUGGAGUCGGUCGAGUAGGUGUUCACUCUGCGUCGGACGAGGAAGAUGAAUCUGGCGAAGAGGUUGUGUGA